AUGAAUCCACUUCAUCGAUCUUCUUAUCGCGGACCAACAAAUCGCUCCUGUCGAAUUACUUUUUCACAAUGUAGGGUUUUUGUAAAAUUAUUUUAAUCAAUAAUUGUUUAUUUUCAGCAAAUCAACGGGCUCGAUUGAAACCGAACAAUAAAAAAUGUGUCACUUUGAAUUUGCAUGUUCAGAAUUUUGUAACUCCCGGAGCUCCAGGACAACCUGAAAGUAUAUCAACGUCAAUAACUACUGAACGUGAGUUUGGUUUAUGGAAUUUUUAG